AUUGUGAAAAAAAAUGGAAAUUCUGGUUGAGAAUGAUGAAUUUCAAGAAAAUGCCGCCUGAGAUACGGUCGAAAAACAAAAUUUGGAGUUUGAUUUGCUUACAACAGAUUAAGCUGCAAGAUGAACAGAAUUUGGAGGAAAUGGGACGAGUUAUGCUCGCCAUUUGGAUGACUCACUGGAAUUGCAUAAAACAACAGAGAGAAUGGUCGGACCAAGCUGCUUUCAACAUGUACGAAUCAAUCAUCCUGCCCACUAAUGACCGCGUCCUUCAACCGAAGGAAAAGAAGGCAUGCAAUGGAUGGAUACCUAUAUUACGAAGCGUAACAAGUCGAGGCAAAAUUGAAGUUGACGUAUGGAAAAGAUGCAGAUGUUUCCAAUGUCAGUACAAGGAAGGAUUCCCUGAUGAACGUCCAAGUACAGACUUCGAACUGAUGUUUCCCUUCCACAUCAUUUUUGACCCAAGACGGACGCAAAUGAAAGCUUUGGAUUGGCUACUACUAGCUCCAUGGCGAGACCUAAAAUUCAUGGAACUUCAAAAUCGACGACUCGAUAUCUCCAGUGUAUAAACCAAAAAAAAAAAAAAAAACUUUCAUACAGUAUAGCAAUUAGUAUAAAUAACAAUCAGUACAUCAGUCAACAGAAUUUCAGGAAAUAAAAGUAACUCACUGAAUACAAAAAAAAAAAAAACA